AUGCCUGCAAAGACUCCUGAUGAUGAAGUGAAGGAAGAAAAACCUGCUCUUAAAAAGAGAACUGGCUCUGAGUUUGACGAAGUGUUUAUUCCUGAUGCUAAAGCGGAGUUCUUGCUGGGUGUUCGGGGCGCUGAGACAAAGAUGUUUUGGGUCGAGGUGUGGAAUCCGUAUCUGAAGAAAUGGCUCACUGUGGACCCGAUUGUCAACAAAUCAGUUGAAGUUAUGCCCAUGCGUAAAAAGGGCAAGUUUGAGUCAGCUGCUCUGGAUCCGACAUAUCAAACAUUGUAUGUCUUUGCUUAUGAUAAGACUGGUGAUGUGAGAGAUGUGACGAGGCGGUACACGCAAUACUACAAUGCAAAGACGGCGAAAAGGAGAAUUGACUAUCUCUCUGACAAGGAUGAACACUGGUUCGAACAAGUUGUGAAAGCCGUUCGCCGCCACAAAAGUUAUGGACUUCCAGAAAUUAAAGAGCUGAAUGAGUUUCUUUUAAGAGACCAGUAUGAAGGUGUUCCGAACAACAUGACAGAUUUCAAGAACCAUCCUCUUUAUGCUUUGGAAUCACAGUUGCGUAAGGAUGAGGUGAUCUACCCUAACGACGAUAGCAGUAAAUGUGGAACGUUCAGACCAAUGAACAAAGACAACGUGGUACCCAUUUUCAAGCGCUCACAUGUUUUUAGACUUCGAACUGCAAAAGCCUGGUAUCUCCGAGGAAGAGUACUCAAGAUGGGAGCUCAACCUCUCAAAACUAAAGAAAAGCAACUAGCUCAAAUGGAGGAAGAAGACGAGGACGGUCUCGUCAGGCUUUAUGCUGAGUUCCAGACACAACUUUAUCACGCCCCUCCAAUUGUUGAUGGUGAGAUACCGAAAAAUGCUUACGGCAAUGUCGAGAUUUUUGUUCCGUCAAUGAUGCCUGAAAACGGAUAUUUGGUGCAUGUGUCAGAGAGGCUCCCGAUCAAGUUGAUUGAGAGGGCUGCGAGGGAAUUUCUCAAGAUCGACCAUGCACGAGCAAUUGGCGCCUACAGCAAGGGUUGGGGUGUUUUAGUGGAUGCUCAGUACAAAGAGGCCAUUGAUCUUAUUUUGGAGGGCUUAAUUGAUCUCGAGGAAGAUGAAAAGAGAAGAAAGGUCGAGCUCACAGCCUUGAGAGGCUGGAGCUUCUUCCUCAAGAAGUUGAUGAUCAUGGAUCGACUCAACAAGCAGCAUGGGAGGUUGAUCAGGAUGAUAAUUCCGAAGAUGAUGGUUACUACAGUGUGGGAAAAUCACAAAAAGGAGGGCGAGGAGGCUACAAUUGACGAGAUGGAGGAUGAUCAGUUUGGAGGCUUCUUGCCAAACGAGGAAAGUCCAUCCGCCACUAUCACCGAGUUGGACGAUCCACCCACAAUGCAUCGCGUCAAAAUGGAGCCGAAGGCGGAAGAGGUGAGUGAAGAUGAAGGAGGAUUUCUCAUGCCUGAGGAACCCGAAAACUCCAUGGGUUUCGAAAGUGCACAGGCAGGUUCACAGGCAGGUCCACACAGUGCUCCUCUUGAGAAUGGAGGCUUUUUUCCUGCUACAACGAAAGACAACAGCCACAGUUCAGAAGAGGAUGAUAUCAGUAGUAAAGAUGUUGAAUCUCCUAGUGAUGACGGAAACGAAGACACGGCACUCGGCAGCAAAGCGCAAAAUGAAGCGAUCAACUGCACCACUACUAAUGAUAGUAAAAGCCUCGGUGAACGAAGUCCAAAAUUAGAGACAGACAUGGGGGCAGUGAGCAAUGCAAUUGAUCCUGAUAAUACGACGUUAAAUGCUGUCAGACUAUCGAGCACUGAUAACAAAACAUCUUCAUUCGAGGAAGCUGACGUGGACGAGGAGCUAGAGGAACAAAUCCAGCAAGAGGAGGAUGAAAUGGGGUUCGAAUACAUGUCCCUCCCGUGGAGAAAGCUGCUUUUUGUUGUUGGAGCCUUUGUGCUCAUUUCGGUGGGUUUAGAAACGGGACUCAUUUUAUGGCUACGCCCACUCUACCGUCGUGGCAAAGAGUGGCCAAUGCUUGUGAUUGGCAUAAUUGCAUCAGUUCUUCUAGCGUUGGGCUUGGUGCCGCCGUAUUUCGAGCUUGCCAAACGAAAGGGUAGAGUUGUUGGUAUUAACUUUUUCUUUCUUGCCAUGGACUCCUUUGGUGCACUCUUCUCCUUGAUCAGUAUUGUCGUGGGCACGAUGGACAUCAUGUCGAUGGUGUUAUAUGCUAUCGUCAUGGCUAUGGAAAUCGGCAUUUUCCUCAGUCAAGUUGGAUGGUACCUAACAGGGGGACGGAAAAUCAUCAAGGAAGAAAAGGCCCACAAGUGCAUCGAGAAAGAAGAGAGCUUUGGUUCGGAGAACUCCGAAGACGCUUUUGAAGAAGUCACCGAGAAUUCUCCCGACAAGCAAUCUGCUUUUUCCCCAUUGAACUUCGUGGAUGACGUCUCGUCCAAGAAGGACUUGGAGGAAAACCACACGAGGGAGAUUGAGAUAGAAACGGCGUUCAAGACAUUUCAAGAAGCCAUAACGCUACAGAAAAGGAAACAAUUCGUCGAGGCAUAUGCCAAAUACAAGGAGCUUCAAAAGAAAGAUGUCAUUUACAAUCAUUACUAUGAAGAGACAGAGUUCGUCAAGGGCUUGCAGAAUGGCAGUCUCAAUACCAGACCAAACGAGCUCAGCUACUUGUCUCAAAACGUCAAAACCAUACGAUACCUAUACUUCAGAAACAGGGGAUUCCUUUACUUUCAUAUUCUCCAAAGCGGCGACUCGUUGAUCGAGGAGGUGCUUCAAAAAGAUCAAUCGCUCCCAGAUGCCCAAGAGAUCACACACAAGGAGCUCACCAAUGAACUAUUUUACCUGAUGAUAGACGACUUUGUCAAUUGCUUUGUCUACCUGGAAGUAGACGAGAGUCUUCUACGGCUCUUGUACGAUCUAUUCACGUUCUUUGACUUGAAGAAGCUAGCGAGGUACACUCUAGAAUACACACUCCUGCUUGGCCAGGAAAGUGAGGACGUCAUCAGCGUUCUUCCGAUGAACGAAUGGGUGAAACCUGUCUGGGAAGAAUUCAAGAAACGUGGUCUUUCCAACGAGUCAGUUACCCCAGAAUUGGAACAGAAGUUGUCAUUCUUGGCUCCCAUCCGCGAGGACUUCAGAUCACUGGUGCUGAAACGUUUAAAGAAACAAAGCUUAAAUGUGACUAUCAAACCACAAUCCUCUUGGCUGGAUGUGAUAGUGGCUUUCAACCAGGCAAUCAAGCACGCCCAGGAUAAGGAUAAGCAAGUGGACUACCUCAAAUUCUCACUGUCCAAGUUUGUGGAUCCCUAUGUGGCGUCGGAGUCGAUGAUGGACUCUACCAGCUACUCGUUUCCAGUCCCGGAGAAAGAAUCGACCCCGCUUCCGGAGGUCCCACCUGAACCCAAGAUAGAAGAAGUGAAGGAAGAAGACGAGGCUCCUAAGGAGGAACCUAUGGAGGUCGAAGAGGAAGUGACACCAGUGCCAACGGCCGAAAAUGCUCCUGAGAAAGUCGUCCAACGUUCUUCUAGACGUUUGAACAAGGAAGAGAACAUCGUGUUCGAACUAGAUGACGUUCAACUCACAAGGCAUCACUAUUUUGAGACAGUUGCCUUUUUCAAACAUCUCAACUCACUGUUGCAAUCGGCGUUUCACACGGACGAUGAUAUUUUACAUGAUGUUGUUUGUCAUAUUGUGGAUGCUGAUCUCACAUCAACAUCUCCGACAUUCGUGCUCGACUUCGUGAAAACACUCAAUGAGUGGAAACCCCACAUUCACACAGAGCUACUUCUCUCAACGAAGAAAUCGGGUGUCAACAACAGUGAGGCAGAUGCUGAUAAACUCAAACUUUUAGAUGUGUUAACCCACUUCGGUAAUCUGAACUCGUCCAACUCGGAUACAAUUGCGGAGCUACUAGAUGAUGUUGAGGAUUACGAUUACAUCAGAGACUUCUUACAGAAGAGUGAAAAUGACGUCGUUCCGAAACAUGCAAGGACAAAUAUUCUUUACCACCUACUUGGUGGUGAGAAACCAAGCAUUCUUGCAUACUCAUGGUCAUCUUCGCUAUACGAUAAUGUGAAAGACUGGGUUAUACAGCUCGAACCUGAAAUCUUCCGAAAAUUAUCCUCCGUCAACUCGACGGAAGACGAUCUUAGAGUCUGCUUGAGCAUAUUUGAGAUGUUCGUGGAUGCAUACAUUUUCGUAAAGGGCCAUAUUGACAAAGUAUUAGCGAGCGAUACCAAGGGAGGCUUGACUAAGGCCGCAAAGCUGAAUUUGAAUGGUCUAUCUGUGGACUUAGUGCAUCUUGAAGAACGCCUUCGAGCACAGAGUGAAAUCCUUCAAUCAUCUCGUCUUCAGGGCUACCAAAGGGAGACAGAAUCGGAAGCAAAUGCUGUUCUAUAUUGCCGGUAUAUCUGGCUGAUGAAUUACUUACUUGCAUCUCAGAGUUUCUCCUGGAAAGAGAAAAAGUUUGUGGUCAUUCACCUUCAGCACAUCAACCCAGUUCUCAAGAAAUUCCCUGACUUAUCCAUUUCGUACCCAAACUAUACAUCUAUUGGAGAUCUUAAUUCUGAAAGCUACGAAAGACGCUCCACGACGUCCUCGAUCUUAUCUAUAUUCUCCAAAAUUCUUUGGAGUGAAAAAUCAGCCACUGGUGGAGCCGAGGAAACCAUCGUGCUACUCGAAAACAUUCUUAUCGACAAAGGAGACGCCAACAAUGGCACAUCAGGAGACUCAGAUGGCAGUUUGGUGAACUCCGUUAUCCAUGGCAGAGCAAACUUAGACAGGUCAUCCCUUUCAAGUGUCAGCGAGUUCCUCGAUGUGUGUCCUAUCGACCUCAAGUUGAGCCUUUGGAACAUUCUUUUCCUGUACUACGAAGACACAAAACUGUUCGACAGCUUUCAGAGAGGCUUUGAGCAAAACGCCAAAUUUAUGUUGUCGUAUUUCAAGGGUAAAUAUUGCGAAAUCAAGGGCGAUCGCUCCACCAUUUUACUUAACACGCUCAACUAUUUUGGUGGUUAUCUUCGCAUCUUUCUCAAGCAUUUGGCAGUUAAUGAUUGGCGUCUUCCUAUCAAUGACACUCAAAAUUCAUUGGAGACUAUCAAAAGUCUCGCACAAAUCUUUGAGCUCUUCUACUGCUUUAGUUUGCACGAAGAAGCUGCUCUUAUUACCGGCGCCAAGUUCUCCGUUGAGCUGAAAUCCAAGAAAGCGUUCCAGCGUUUGAAAGACUUUUGCAUCGAGACUGUGACGAUUAUCCUUGUUUAUGGUAUCAAUCAACUAAAGAGCGAGAACUGCGACGAGCAAGCUCUUGUGGAUCUUCUUCUCCUCGUUCACAACCAAUUGGGAAUCAGACGUCUCUGUGAUUCCUCAAAUGGAGUCUUCCUCAAGCUUGCUGAAGACACUUUAGUUGUCCUCAAGGAUAGACCAGAUCGUGAACUUUCACAAUUGCUCUCAUGCAGAUUCCACUAUAAGGUCAAGAUAAAGGACACUUUCCCCACAGAUCAUGGGACCACAAGGUAUGCUCUUCUUGAAAAAGCAAGUGCCACCGAACUCGCAAAGUUUAUUUUGCCAUUAUGUUUCAGACAUAACCCACUUUUGAAAGUUCCAAGAAAUGAUAUGAAGCAAGUUGCCGAUGAUAUCUUCGAGGUUUUGAAGGAGCUAGAUCUCGAUUCUGAUAAAACUCUUGUUCAGAACAAUGCAAAGAUUGAGAUGUUUUAUCAAAACACAAUCAUAGACUCGAGAUUCAUUAAGCGAGCCUUUUACGGUCUCGUUGAUUUGAAUUUUGAAAAUCCAGUACGAGAUUACACCAUUGCUAAUAUGGGGUUGUAUUUUGUGGAAGCAAUUUUCAUGUUCAACUCAUACAAGAUAAGGAAAAAGUCGGCACAGAGCCGGACAGUCGAACUCGAGAAAAUUGUCAGACUCUUGAAGGAUGAUCUCAUAUGUGGUAGUGAGCGUGUCGAGUCUUGGAUUCUUCUCGGUCAAGCCUAUGGUUACAUUGUGGAGGAUGACUUGAUUUGGACUUCGGAUAAGUUGAACAUCAUUGAAAGAAAGGUAAUUACUGCAAAUCUUCAGAGACAGUCGCUCUUGAGUUAUAUCAUGGCGAUUAAUAUCCUUACUCAAAAAGGUCUCACUGACUCUGAGCAGUAUAAGCCAGUGAUCAGUGUGCUCAUGAACUCGUUCGUCAAGGAGCUUUAUAACGCCAAUCGAGCUCCAUUGGAUAUGAUAGCAUUCAAGACGCAAAAUAAUGCUAAGUUUGUGAGAAAGCGUCAUACAACAAUGAUGCAACCGGUUGCCGACCAAGCAACUCUCACGAACUCAUUUUGCUUCAAGCUCAUGCAGCAGUGUCUUCACCUUGCGAUCAGGUCGAAUGACGAAGAAUGGAGCUCAUUCUACUAUUUGGCUAAGCUUCAAAGUAAAUUGUCCAAACCCCCAAUUAUGAUUUUGGACACAAUGCUGGAAAGUAGCAGAAUUGCAUGGACUCAAGGAAGUGCAGCGGACCCGUUCUUAGAACCAUCGUAUGCCUUAUGUUCCUGGAUCUACAAAUUUUUCAAGGCAGAUAAAGUUACUUUGGUACAAGCUUUGGAUUAUUUGAAACGUGAUCACUUUUUGAAGGUGAAGUCUACUACUGUGCUUGAGAAACCUGAGGAUCUCUACCGUCUUUUGAUUGGCUGCUUCAAAACCAUCAACUCCUUGGACAAAAGAGGCUGGUAUCAUAAGCAAUGCUACAGAAUGGCCAUGAUAUACUAUGAAGAGUUCGAUGAUUUCAAAGAGGCCAGGAAAAUCAUGUCAAGGUUCUUUACCUUGAAGGCGACGAACAAGACUUACCUACAAAUGUGGAAACCGGAACACGAAAGACCUGGAAAACACUUUGUUUACAUGUAUCAGUACACCGAGUUUUACAUCAAAUUGUUGCGCAGAGAGCUUGACCUUGCAUCUUUGGUGCUCAUGCUCCCGAAGUUGAGACGAGCAAACUCGACCAUGAUCAAGCUCUACUUUGCUUGGGAAAAUAUCUGUUCCUCCAUUUGCAAGCUCAUCAGAGUUAUUGCAAAGGUUGAGGAUGGCUCAACAGAAAAGUUUCUUUUUAUGAAACCCUACCAGAGUUUUGUGACCCAGGCAAAGCUGCUCAACGAAGCGAUGAAGGGUAAAAGUAUUCCCGACGGCUUGAAGCUGCACAUAUGCUACUUACAUGUGAUCAAUGACAUGAGAAAACUAAACAACGGUUUCGGUCCUACUUCGUUGAUUGAUGAUACGUUGUGUUCGGUAUAUUUGAUGGUGUUCAAAGACCUAACCGAGAAGCUUGCGUUGAGUGAGAAGGAGGAUAAGCCUAAAGAUUCAAACGCCACACCAAAAGAAUCGACCAAGGUCAAGAGAUUGGCUAGAAGAGAUCUCUUCCCAUACAUCACUGGGCUUGUUAACACUAUGAAACGAGAUGUUGAAUCUGCACUUAAGGAUCAACCUGACUUAUUCAAUGAAUUCAUAAGAAACUACAUCAGCGAAAGGAAACAGAAGAUGAAAUCUCAUGAAGUUGAAAACUCUCCCACCACUUUAAACAAGAUCGGUGAAGAUCGUUCCCCAGCCUUGUUGCCUGCUCCGACAAUCCCGGAUCCAAAAUUGCAACUGGAUCAGGAUUCCACACAGGCUAGCCCAAUCACGCAAAACUCACAAGCUGCUCAAGACAAUCAGGCUUCACAAAAUUCGAAUAAUGUGGAAAAAGGUUCUGUGACUUCUCAAGCCCCACCAACCAUUUCUUCAGUGGGAGAUAUGAGUUCUUCGACAAUCACAACGAUCAGCGAUCUCAAAGGAGGGUACGCCACUCCAGCACCGGAAGGUGCCGAGGGUAGUCAAGCAUCAGGUGAACAGAGUUUGUUUUCCAGGCCAUCUACCAUCACGGCGCCACUGCCUGGACGUACUGGUCCCAGAGCCGGCAUUAUAAAGAAGAGCUCGGUAGAUGAUGAGAUUGAAAGAUCUUUCCAGGCACAAACUACCCAAGACGAUACUUCUGAUAACGAGGGUAAGAAGCAGCAAAAGGUUAUUGAAGAUCAAGCUUUGGAGGCAACGGAGGAGUUGCCGGAAAACGGAGACAGAGAUAGUCCUGCUGGCGGUGAUAACGCAACACCUCAGAACGAGGAGACGACUGAACAAGUGGAGAAAGACUCGGAAGGAAAUGGCAGUGACAGCAAGAGCGCCAAUGACAACCAACAGCCGAGCGAGGGUGUUGAAGAUUUAGAGGAUAAUGCUAAACGUCCAGCGGAAGAUCACGCUGACACCACUAGCAAAAAGCAAAAGACUAAGAAAUAG